UUUCAGCCGACAACACCACAACUCUUUCCACCAACGCACUCUCCACUACUCCUCUACCACUCUUCAACAACAACAAACACACACACACACAAAUCCGCAACAAUGGCAUUCUUCCACCCUCACACCUUCUACCACCCCACCGAGUCCUCCUCCUCCUCCGCCUCCUUCACGCCUCUCUUCCGCCUCCUUGACGACUACGACAACUACAGCCGCCAGACUGGCAAGUCUUCAUCAUCGUCAACAACAGCCGCUGCGCCCCGCCGCCAGCAGCAGCAGCAGCAGCACCAGCAGCAGGUGCCCCAGUGGCAGCCCAAGUUCGACGUCCGCGAGGUCGACUCCGCCUACGAGCUGCACGGCGAGCUUCCCGGCGUCGCCAAGGAGGCCGUCGUCAUUGAGUUCUCGGAUCCCCAGACGCUGCUCAUCCGCGGCCGGUCGGAGCGCACCUACACGGCCGGCACAUCACCUACUGAGAGCAACAACAACAACAAGAAGAGCGUGACAGAGGAGGCUUCUUCGUCUUCCUCGCGGAGGAACUCGUACAAGGCUACCGUGGAGGACGAGGACGAGGCCAGCGAGCGCGAGUCGGGCUACGAAGUCGUCACCACCACGACGGAGAAGAACAACAAGAACAAGGAGGAGAACAAGAAGCCCGUCGACAAGGCCAAGUACUGGCUCACCGAGCGCAGCAUCGGCGAGUUCUCGCGCAGCUUCCACUUCCCCACGCUGGUGGACCACGAGGCCGUCAGCGCGAGCUUCAACAACGGCAUCCUGAGCAUUGUUGUACCCAAGGCGAAGAAGCUUGAGGCUCGUCGCAUUCAGAUCAACUAA